UGUGGUCCGAGAUAUCGGGGUCGGUACGCUGAGCUCUGGCUGUCAGGCGUUCGAGGCGCCCGUCGAGAUUGCUGGUCUAUAAGAGGACUGUUGUCCGGCGAGAGACCAGCCUGAUUCAAUUGCUCUCCUCUCCAAUCGCUCUUCUCUCCUCAUCAACUCGAUUGCUCAUUCUCCAUCAGCUAAUCGCAAUGGCCCUCUCGCACUUCUCGACACUCCUGGCGUGCGCGGCCGCCGUCUCGGCGUACACCUUCGACGGCAUCACACACUACGCGCCCGUCAACAACUCAUUCAACGACCUCGAUGCCGCCUUCUCGUCCUCGUCCGGCACCAACGGCGGAUACUACAACUCGUCGACCGUCGCCGACGUCGACUACGGCGCCUACAACUACUGCAACAUGCCGCACGUCCGCGCGCGCGAGUACAAAGUUCCCACCGGCUACUCGCUCGAGUACCUCGAGGUCAUCCACCGGCACCACAAGCGCACGCCGUACGCGUCCAACCUGUUUCCGAAGGAGGACAUCCCGCUGUCGUGCGACAACACCAAGAUGUUUUUCUACGCCGCGACCAAGAACGGCGUCGAGAGCACGUCGAUCUGGUGGAAGGACUACGUCGACGAGGAUAACCCGAUGAUGUUUGUCGACAACGGCUUCAACUCGACCUGCCAGUUCCCGCAGAUCUCGUACGGCGGCCUGACGGACUCGGCCCAGCACGGGCGGGAUAUCUGGUCUGUCUACGGCGACAAGCUCAAGUUCUUGCCGACCGAGUUCGAUCCCACGACCAUGAGCGUCCGCGUCACAAACAACGAGAUCACGUCGCAGGUCGCGGCGGCGCUCAUCAAGGGCCUGUACCCGGAUUCGUCGGAUUUCGCCGUGUACCAGCAGGUCGCGUCGCAGGACUCGCUCGAGCCGGGAUACUCGUGUUCGUGGGCUGACGACGUGCGCUCGGCGUACCAGGAUACUGAUGCUUGGUACAAGCACAUCAACAUGUCGCAGGACUUGUUUGAUGAGCUUGAUGCGAUCUCUGGUGUUGAUUCUACUGAUGACGACUGGCACUCGUGGUUCGAUCACUACUUUGACAACCUCUCUUCCCGCACCUGCCACCAGCUGCCGCUCCCCUGCAACGUAACCAACUCGUCUCAGUGCGUAACGCAGGAGAUGGCAGAGCAAGUCUUCCGCCUCGGCGACUACGAGUACAACUACAUCUUCCGCCAAGCCGCUAACUCGACCGUCUACGGCGCAACCCACUACGGCGCCUUCAUCGCCGAGCUCGUCGCCCACCUCAAGGGCAAGCUCGACGGCACCCGCUCGUCAAUCUACCGCCACAACGUCGCGCACGACGGCUCGCUUUCCUCGCUGCUCGCCGCGCUGCAGAUCGACUUCCUCCGCUGGCCGGGUAUGGGCUCCGAGGUUGUCUUUGAGCUGUGGCGGAAGGAUAACUCGAGCCAGAACUACAUCCGCGUGCUGUACGGCGGCCAGCCGUUGUCGACGCAGACGCCGAUGGGCGUCUUGGAUAUGGUCGAGGUCGAGACGUUCAUCGCGUACCUCGAGGAUCUGGUCGGCGUCAACGGCGAGAAGGUGUACAAGUACUGCACCAUGUAGUCAACCUGCUUAGAACCCUCUUCUCUAUCAUAAUGAACAAAGUAGAAUACAAUGACAUCUGAUAACUCCGCAGGCUAAGAAAUUAGCGAGAAAUCUAAACCGAUGCACUGACCCUGCGCUGCUCCACACAAAGGUCGACUCACUUUUAGGUCACAUAAAGUCACAUCAAGUCACAGGAUCCCGUUAAUGGA